UGUGCAUCUUUAAUAUUAAUAUUUUACCAAAGAAAAUACAAGCCUUUUGUUAUACCACUAAACCUUCAUGCUCUAAAAGCUCUGAAAGUCAAAAAAGCAUAGUGUAGGGAAUUUUAAAGGACAGGGUACUCAGCUCAACAACAGACCAUCACCAUGGUUCGACUUCAUUUUUUGACUUCAUGUAUGUGCGUAUGUAAAAUGUAUUCAGUAGCAACCACACUUGGAAUUUUGAUCUUUUCCUGGGCUAACAAUACAUGCAAUACUAUACUCUCUGGUGAUGCCCAGCAGUGGCAGAAAGUCCCAGUCAGCCAUGUGAUCACAAAGGUAAACAACCAACACAACCAUUGUUUUUCACUUUUAGUACAAUAUUCAAUAACUUACAUGAGAUGUUCAACACCUUAUUAUAAUAUAGGUUUUGUGUUAGAUAAUUUUGCCCAACUGUAAGGCUAAAGAAGUGUUCUGAGCAUGUUUAAGGUAGGCUGGGCUAAGCUGUUUGGUACGUGUAUUAAAUGCAUUCUUAACAAUAUGUUCAACUUAUAAUGAGGUUACUGCACGUAACUCCGUUGUAAGUCAAGGAAGACCUGUACAGUAAUGUUCAAAUUGGUAGUCUAUUCUGAUUAUAUUCUAGGAGGUGUUAACAGGUUGGCCGUGAGAAAAUAGGCUUUCUGGCUAGGCAAAUUUAGGUCCAGCCUUCGGGCGGCGCGCUCUCCGCCCGACAGGCGGCGCUGUGGGCCUGCAGCUCUGCCCGCCGAACCCUCCGGCGCCGGAGGCCGGAACCGCCGCCGCUUCUGUCCGUGCCGCACGUGCCGUCCCUCGGUCUGGGCGCCGCCAUGGCGGCGGCGGCGGCCGAGAUGCACGUGUUCGUGGAGGUGCGCAGGCGGCUGCGGAGCGCGCUGCUGAUCCUGGGAGAGCCGAAAGCAGGAGGUAUGCCCAUGGAUAUCUCUGUGAUGCCGUCCUCACUGCAGGUGAAAACCCCUGAGGGCUGCACAGAGACCCGGCUUCCAGCAGAGGUCAGGCUUGCCCCUUCUACCUGCCGGGGGCUGCGCUAUGUGGCUGGGGAUGGGCUGCACCUCAGGCUGCAGGCUCAGGCAGGACUCUGCGCAGAACUGAUUUCAGUGUUUAAUUGAAGUUUACAAUCCCAAGAAUGCUGCACAUUUUAUUGUCAGUCCUGUGGAGAAGUCGUAAUAAGAGACAGGAAGCUCCUCCGGGUGCUCCCGUUGCCGAGUGAGAACUGGGGAGCUCUAGUUGGAGAAUGGUGUUGUCAUCCUGACCCCUUUGCUAAUAAGCCACUUCAUCCGCAAGAGAAUGACUGUUUUCUUGUUGACACUUUCUUCUUGGUGAAUUUAAGAAGUGACUUGUGGCAUCCAAGACCUGAACUAGCCCCAGCGGAGAUGCACUGUCUUUCUUCUGAGAACCGUUUUAAAUUGAAACCAAAGGCAAAUACCAAAGUAAUUUGUAAGCGUUGCAAGGUAAUGUUGGGAGAGACCAUGUCAUGAGGCUUUCCAGCUCAUGGGAAAGUGAUGUCACCACCCACUCUCUGACCCUGGCUUCUACCACCUGCUUGGAGCUGCUGCUGAUAUUAACAGGGAACAAUGCCACUCUGCCCCCAUCCCUCCAUUCUAUGGAUUCCUUUCAGGUGAGGAAGAGCUCCUUUACCAAGGUGUGAUUUCUCUAUUUAUUUGCAAUUGUUUUUUAAGGAUCCUGUGUUUCACAGGAGAUAGCCCACCAAAUUCACCGCUUCAGAUAAUGAUAAUAAUAAGCACAGUGCAUGUAUUGCCUUGUCUUUUUUUCAAUAAAUGAGAAAAUAGAGGCUC